GGGGAGUAAUGCUAAAAUCGCCGAUUGUGUUGGUCUCUUUGUUUGCAAUUUGAUACAAACUGGUAGUUAUUUUUCAUUGCUGGAGGUCUUGUGUGGAGGUGAAAGUGGACCGUAGGUACAGUCAGUAGUGAAUACUCGUACGUCACCUUAUGAAUCAGAAGAGGUGGGGGUAAAGAAGUAGUUACCCUUCAUCAACCUACACUUCCCUAAGUACAACACUUGACCCUCACCAAUUUCUUACGAGAGAACGUUCAUUUUUUGUCAUACGAUUACCCUUGAAUCUUUUAUCGCCAAGCUUCUGAUGUCAACAACCAUGGCCUCACCUCAGCACUCUAACGGCACCAACGGCACUAAUGGUACCAACGGCCAUACUAAGAACGUCGUUGUUCCUCUAUGGAUCAAUGGUAAAGAAGAGACGACAUUCUCCUCUUUCGAGGUAACUAGUCCUAGCAAUAACGAAGUCUGUUGGACAGCAACUUCAGCAAGCAAAGAUGAUGCUCUCCGCGCCGUUUCAUCUGCUGAGGCCGCUUUCCCAAGCUGGUCUGAGACAAAGCCGGUACUCCGUCGCGAUAUACUACUGGAGACCGCAGCUUUACUUGAGGCUCGUACACAAGAAUAUGCUGGUUUCAUGCAGACGGAGAUGGGUGCCGACAUGGGAGUUGCUGCUCAUUUUGUUAUGCCAUUGGCUAUUUCGCAACUAAAGGAUAUCGCUGGUCGAAUCACGAGUAUUUGUGGUAGCGUGCCUGUCUGCCAGGAAAAGGGAAGAAGUGCGAUUGUUUAUAAGGAGCCGUAUGGAGUUACACUUGGUAUCUGUCCUUGGUGUGUUUUGCUUCAGAGAUGAUGUUAAUUAUAAGAAUUGACAAAUCCUAGGAAUGCUCCGUUUGUAUUUGGUAUUCGGUCAGCGGCCACAGCUAUCGCGACAGGAAACACCACCAUUCUCAAGGCUUCUGAGGUGACACCCAGAAGUUAUGUAAGUCAAAGCUCGAGCAUUGUCAAUUAUUUUUCAUAGUUACCUCUACUGACCAGAAGUUCUACCCUUCAAGUGGGCAAUCAGUAAAGCAUUUCAUGAUGCUGGCUUACCGGCAGGAGUUCUCAAUGUCAUUCAAUGCCGGCCAACAGAUGCUGCUGAAGUCACAAACACACUCAUUGAGCAUACCGCCGUUAAGAAGAUAGACUUCACAGGUAGUGCCAGCGUAGGACGAAAGAUCGCUAAAGUCUGUGGACAAAUGCUUAAACCAUGCUUGAUGGAGCUCGGCGGAAAAAACAGUACCAUCGUUCUCCAAGAUGCUGAUAUCGAAAAGGCAGUAGGCGUAACCAUGGCUGGAUCUUUCCUUAAUGUAAGUUGUGGCUAAUGCGAACCCUUUUACGACUGCAAUAAAUAAACAUUGAUCAUUAUGGUUAUAGUCCGGCCAAAUAUGUAUGGCAACAGACCGCAUAAUCCUCCACUCCCAAAUCGCACCUCAAUUCCUCGCCGCCUUCAAAUCCGCACUCUCUUCAGCUCCCGAUGGAAAACAACCUCCACUUCCAACUCUCGUCUCCUCGGCGUCCAAAAAGAGACUAGGAAGCAUUGUCGACGAAGCUAUCAAUAGUGGAGCGAAAUCUCUCAUUGGUCGACCACCCAAAGGUCUCGACGGAGCAUCAUUCGCACCCGUUAUCCUUGGCCACAUCGCAGAAGAUUCCCUCUUCUGGAGGGAGGAGAAUUUCGGUCCUGCAGUUGGUUAUUUGAUCGUAGAUAGUGAGGAGGAAGCUAUUACUGCUGCGAACAAAACGGAGUACGGAUUGAGUGCAAGUGUUUUUACAAAGGAUUUAAGACGGGGUUUGGCUGUUGCCAAGAAAAUUCAAUCUGGGUAAGUUGAUGCCAUUUGCUAAACUAUAAUUUCGUAUCUUCAUUCUGAAACUCGGAGCAACGCGGAGCCUAAAGUUAUAAAAUAAAAGCUGGGGGUUGAUGUUAUUUGGAAGCUGACUUAUAAUAUAGAGCUGUUCAUAUCAAUAACAUGACUAUUCAUGACGAGCCUACGCUACCCUUUGGAGGUGUCAAGAAUAGCGGUUGGGGAAGAUUCAAUGCUCAGAGUGGAAUGGAGGAGUUUUUGGUCACGAAGACCGUUACUUGGGAUGAUUGA